GGUGGCGGGAGAUUGAGGGGAGAAGGGGCGCGAGCGAGAGUCUGAGAAAAAAAUGCAGUCUGCAAGAAAUAAGGCAUCUGGUGGCACUGUUGAUGGAAAUCGAACACAGGCGAAGAGGCUCCGUGGAGAUUGGGAUGAUGAUGGCCCAUCGCAGUUUGAAGAGGAGCUGGCAUAUCUUGAUGAAGUGGAGGCAGAAAUGGCAAUGGAUGCCAAGGAAAUGCAAACAUCACAUGAUAUGGUUCCAAUUGGAAAUUUGUUUUCUUCCAAGGUUACGAACAACAAGUGGCAGCGCCCCCCUGUACCCAAAAUUAACCCGCAGGUAGAUAAUAUCGCCUUCCAGCAGGUGGAGCUGGAGUACUAUGUAGGUUCUCAUGUUGCUGGAAUGCCUGGGAGUAAACAGGGACCAGUUCCUGUUACUCGCAUGUUUGGAAUUACGAUGGAAGGGAAUAGUGUCUGCUGCCACGUGCAUGGGUUCAUGCCCUACUUCUAUGUUAAGGCACCACCUGGAUUCGGUUCAGAACACCUCCAUGAUUUUCAACGGGAAUUGAACACAAUUGUGAUUAAGGACAUGAGAUCAAAUAAGGACAACAUUUCUCAAGCAGUUUUGGCAGUUGAUAUCUGUAUGAAGGAGAAUAUGUAUGGUUAUGGAGGAAAUACUAAGACACCGUUUCUGAAGAUUACGAUGGCGCUACCUCGCUUAAUCGCUCCUGCUAAGCGCCUGCUGGAGCAAGGAUUCCGCUUUGGUUCAACUCCGAUGUGUAAUUAUCAGUCAUAUGAGGCCAACAUAGACUUUGAAAUCAGAUUCAUGGUGGACAGUGAUGUGGUUGGCUGCAAUUGGAUAGAACUACUGGCUGGAAAGUACUUGUUAAGAGAAGAACAAAUAACAGGAAACUCCACUACUGCAAGGGACAAACCCAGAAAGGUAACACUGGCACAGAUUGAGGUGGAUGUUGCCUGGACGGAUUUCAUCAGUCACCCUGCUGAAGGAGAGUGGCAGAAAAUCCCUCCACUUCGAGUGCUGAGCUUUGACAUAGAGUGUGCUGGCAGAAAGGGUGUUUUUCCAGAGGCUGACAAAGACCCUGUAAUACAGAUUGCUAACAUGAUGCUGCGACAGGGUGAAAAGGACCCCUUCAUCCGUAAUGUCUUCACUCUUCGAUCUUGUGCUAGCAUUGUGGGGUCACAGGUUCUGUGCUUUGAGAAGGAAAAUGAGCUGCUAAAGGCUUGGUCAGAGUUUAUCAGAGUGGCUGAUCCUGACAUAAUUACUGGAUACAACAUUCAGAACUUUGACUUACCAUAUCUGAUUAACCGGGCACAAGCACUCAAGGUGACGACUUUUCCAUUCCUGGGUCGUAUCCCCAGCAUUAAGUCUGUAAUCCGAGAUUCCUCGUUUCAGUCCCGGCAGAUGGGCCGCAGAGAGAAUAAAGUGAUCAACAUUGAGGGAAGAGUGCAGUUUGAUCUCCUACAGGUGUUGCUAAGAGACUACAAACUGCGAUCAUACACUUUGAAUGCAGUGAGUUUCCAUUUCCUGCAGGAGCAGAAGGAAGACGUUCAGCACUCGAUCAUCUCAGACCUACAGAAUGGUAAUGAGCAAACACGAAGGCGAUUAGCUGUCUACUGCCUGAAGGAUGCCUACCUGCCCCUGCGGCUUUUGGAGAAAUUGAUGUGUGUAAUUAACUAUAUGGAAAUGGCCAGAGUGACAGGAGUACCCCUACCCUACCUCCUUUCACGAGGACAGCAAAUCAAAGUGGUCUCUCAGUUGCUCCGACAGGCAAUGAAGCAUGACUUGGUGAUGCCUGUGGUCAAAACAGAGGGUGGAGAGGACUACACUGGCGCUACUGUCAUUGAGCCAGUUAAAGGGUAUUAUGAUGUCCCCAUUGCAACUCUGGAUUUUUCCUCACUGUAUCCAUCUAUAAUGAUGGCACAUAACCUCUGUUACACAACACUGCUGAAGCCAGGUGCUGUGGAAAAGUACAAUAUUUCUUCAGACCAAUUCAUUAAGACCCCAACAGGUGACCAAUUUGUCAAAGCUUCAGUACGAAAGGGUCUUCUUCCAGAAAUCUUGGAAAAUCUUCUGUCUGCAAGGAAAAGGGCAAAGGCAGAACUAAAGAAAGAGACGGAUCCAUUCAAACAAAAGGUUCUUGAUGGUCGUCAACUUGCCCUGAAAGUGAGUGCAAAUUCAGUGUAUGGUUUCACCGGAGCACAGGUUGGCAAGCUACCUUGCCUGGAAAUAUCACAGAGCGUUACUGGAUUUGGUCGACAAAUGAUUGAGAAAACUAAGCAGCUCGUUGAAUCAAAAUACACCAUUGCAGAUGGCUACAAAGCAGAUGCUAAGGUAAUUUACGGUGAUACGGAUUCUGUCAUGUGUAAACUGGGAGCCGAGACUGUGGAAGAAAGCAUGGCUUUGGGUCGGGAGGCAGCCGAGUGGGUUUCAAGUCACUUCACUCCUCCCAUUAAACUGGAGUUUGAAAAGGUGUAUUUCCCAUAUCUGCUGAUCAACAAAAAGCGCUACGCUGGAUUGUAUUUUUCCUCCAACCCAAAUACCCAUGAUAAGAUGGAUUGCAAGGGUAUAGAGACUGUGAGAAGGGAUAAUUGCCCACUGGUAGCCAACCUGAUCAAUACUUGUCUUCAGAAGAUUUUAAUUGACAGGGAUCCAUCAGGAGCAGUUGAGCAUGCAAAAGAGGUUAUCUCCGAUUUGCUGUGUAAUAGGAUCGACACCUCACAACUUGUGAUUACAAAGGAGCUCACAAGGACGGCUGAUGAGUAUGCAGGGAAACAGGCCCAUGUAGAGCUAGCAGAAAGGAUGCGAAAGCGAGAUGCAGGCAGUGCACCGAAUCUUGGAGACCGGGUACCCUAUGUCAUCAUCUGUGCUGCAAAAGGUGUAGCAGCCUACAUGAAGUCUGAGGAUCCGAUCUAUGUUUUGGAGAACAACAUUCCAAUUGAUACGCAGUAUUAUCUGGAGCAGCAACUUGCAAAACCAUUACUGCGAAUUUUCGAGCCCAUCUUAGGCGAGACAAAGGCUGAAGCUGUGCUCCUGAAGGGAGAACACACAAGAUGCAAGACUGUACUGACAUCAAAGGUGGGCGGGCUCAUGGCCUUUGCAAAGAAAAGAAGCACAUGCAUAGGAUGCAAAGCUGUGCUUAAUGAUAAUGGUGCUGUGUGCAGUUACUGCAAAUGUCGUCAGUCAGAGUUGUACCAGAAAGAGGUAUCUCAACUGAAACUAUUGGAGGAGAAGUUCUCACGGUUGUGGACUCAGUGCCAGCGCUGUCAGGGUAGUUUGCAUGAGGAUGUGCUUUGUACCAGUCGGGAUUGCCCCAUAUUCUACAUGCGAAAGAAGGUGCAGAAGGACCUUGGUGACCAGGAGAAAGUAAUGAUGCGAUUUGGACCAGCCACUUGGUGAUGAAAGAACAAAUAUUGGGGGUCGUGCAGGGAAAGGCGUUUUUUUUUUUAAAUCAAUGACUGGAAAUGUUUCUUUAUGGGAUGCAGAAACUAAUUGUUUCUGACCACUGACACUGCCAUUUGGAAAGAUGCCUAUCAGAUGUUGUGAAAUUGUAAGCUCUAUGUUUGCUUUCUGAUUGUAAACAUCUUUUACACUGAGCAGGUACUCAUUCAUGGCCUGACUUCUUAAACUGAGCAUCUGAAGAGCCACUAUAACAACAGCAAGUGUGAUUAAUUUUUUGUUACCGAAUGUGGUUGCUCUAAUCUUUGGGAAAGAAUCAGCAAAGGAAGGGAAGGUACAAUGGAUGCAGAAUUUGAAACAUUCAUUGGAUGUUCUGCAAAAUAUACCACUGCCAUUGAAACACCUUUUAAUAUGUUAGCAGGUGACAUUUGGAUUUCCUAUAUACUAUAUCCACUGCUGUUUCAAAAGGCUAAGAAAUAUUUUUGAUAGCAGCUUUAUUAGUUGACUCACUCAACCAGCAGCUUGAUUGAAGUGCACAUGAUCUGGAUGACAUAAGUGCAAAUGAGGUUAUGGAUUUUGUGUUAUUCUUAGGAGCUUCUCUUGGAUUUUGUUGAUCCUUAUUGAAUCAUGACUAAGUUCAGUAGCUACAAGAACAUUUGAAUCUCUGGAUUAGCUGCAAGAUUUUCUCUCAUUCCCAGACAUUUAAAACAUCACCACCUUCUGCUGAUCAUCCCCUUUAUAUUAGGUGACUGGAGUUGAAGGAAGUGAAAUUGGGAACGGUUUGGGGCACUGUAUGUUGAAUAUAUUCUCCAACCAAUCAAAGUAAUCUUCACCCGUUCUCUUGCAAAUACCUGUGAAUCACGUGAUAUGGGUACAAAAGAAUAGCACUAAAUAUUAAGUUUCAAUUACUUCACAUCCUUUUGCUUACAGUUAUUUUUUAAGUUGUCAUGUCCAACCAGAUUUUGAAGGAUCUUUUACAGGUUUUGUCAGCUGAACCAGAAGAUAACUAGUCUUGGACUAGAUGACAAAUGGAAUUUCUAUAUCUCUGACUCUGCCAAAUCAAUUCUGAAUGUUUGAGAAUGUUGGAUAGCUAACCUGUACAACAAUGUUUGGAGCUGGUACCAAAGUGCUGAGAUUGCAUUCAGUUUGUAUUGCGUUAGCUUUAGAAUGAGCUGACUUUGGAGAGGGAUGCAUAUCAAAUGUAUUUCUCUCCUGAUGCCAUUGUUUUUGUAACCAGUGUUUCAGUGUACAGUUCCAGUCAUGAUCAUUCUGGUAACACUCCAAGAUAAUUAGUCUGUGUGUACAGUAAUCCGUAUUGGGGCUCAAGAGUGACCCUUCCCCUUCCAGUUAAACUUGUCCCAUUUGUCACCUGGAUGACGGGUUUAUCCACAGAUAACGAUCUGUUAAAGAAACCACCUUGAAUUUAGCCGUACAUUACUGAAGUCUUAUUUUGAUUUCUAGUGUAACUAAUAUUGGCUGACAAAGUACAUCAAAACUGACCCCUCUGGUCUGAUCUGAUUUGGCACAAUAUCAGCUGUUGUGUUUACCUACACAGCUGCAAAAAUCCUAUUUGACAUUCUACCAUUCAACCUCAUUCCAAAUUUUCAGUUACAUCUAUCUUUAUGCCAAAGCUUGAUGAUAGCUGUUUCGUUAUUCACUGACAGGUGGAAUUUAUUCAGAGUUUCACCAAGUAAGACUUUGUACAAAUCUUUUUUAUAUAACCAUAUGUUUUUUGAACAAUAACAUUUGUAUUUAAGAAAUAAAAGUGCCA